AUGUACGACCUCUACAGCGACCAGACCUCCCUCUCCCUAAUCCAAUCCUUCGCUGUGGCCAAAAAGCCCGUCGCCGCCGUCUGCCACGGCCCCGCGGUCCUCGUCAACGCCACCACCCCCUCCGGCACGCCUCUGCUCGCCGGUGCCGAAGUCACCGCUUUCUCUAACGUCGAGGAAGACCAGGUGCAGCUGAGCUCCAUCAUGCCGUUCAUGUUGGAGGAUGAGCUCAAGCGCGUGGGCGCGAGGUAUGUGCGGGCGGAGCCGUGGGCCGAGAAGGUGGUGGUUUCGAGCGUGCACGAGCUCGGGGGGGUGGUUGUGACGGGGCAGAAUCCGGCGAGUGCGACGGGGGUUGGAAAGGCGAUUUUGAAGGCGUUGGGAUUGUAA